CCUGCAACAGUGAUCUAGCGUUGUCGUGCUUAACAUGUGGGGAAAAAUAGUGCUCGCAUUGUCUUUGGGUCUCCUUCAAACUCUAAGUGCAACGGACACCGACACCAACCGUACCUUUGACUUUGGAACUCAAAGAGAGGGCAAAAUUUUAAACCUGUUCUCCGUUGUGAGGUUUCCGAAUACAUUUUGCCUUGGUACCAACAACCGGAAUGGAACGUGCUACACUACCGAUGAGUGCGCUCAAAGAGGUGGAACCAGUGCGGGAUCGUGUGCCCUCGGUUAUGGAGUGUGUUGCACUUUUGUCCUUGGUUGUGGAUCAACCUCGAGCCAGAAUUGUACGUAUUUCGAGUCUACGGGCACAGAGGUGGGCAGUUGCCGCAUGAAGGUCUGUCCUUGCAACGACAAUAUAUGUCAACUCCGAUUGGACUUUGAAACCUUUGUGCUCAACCAACCAGAUGCCAGCGUAGCUACCAGCUCCGUGAAUGCAGGUGGAAGCGAUGUCACUACUGCUACCCAAUGUCUUGUUGAUCAGUUCACUGUGACCAACCCUGGAGGAUCCGCGCCUUCAACCAUUUGUGGAACAAACUCAGCUGAGCACAUGUAUGUGGACUCUGCCGAUGCUUGCAAUGAGUUGGCUUUCAACCUCGGGGCCAGUGGAUCCACCGUCACCAGAAGUUGGAGGAUCAAGGUCACGCAGUAUUCUUGUGAUUACAAUAACUUGGCUCCCGAUGGGUGCACCCAAUACUUUUUUGGGGCCAUGACGGAUGUUGUUCAAUCCUACAACUUUGCCGGUGGUCACCAUUUGGCCAACCAAAACCACUUGUUCUGCGUCAGGAGAGAGGCAAAUAAGUGUCGAAUUUGUUGGACCACCACUGCCGAAGGAGAUUUUGAGAUUACUGGAGUCAUGACCGGAGCAAAUGGUGAAGUUGCGCUAGCUGCUUGCUGCGACGCUGGAGCUUUAGGUGAUUGUUUAGUGCUCCCCAGUGCAAUCAAAGCUACGGCUGCUGAAAUGGCAUUACUUGCCUUCAACAAUGGUGUCUGUGGAGGCGAAUUUGGAACCAUAAAUUCCGAUAUGGCUGCAGCAACGGUUUGUUCUCGACAGACCCCGUUCCAAACGCGGUUCUUGUCAGAUAGUGGAGAAGUUGCAGCUGAUGCGGGUGUCCUCUCCAACGGAGUUAGAUUGGCCUACAUCUUGACAGAUUGUUAAAUUUCGACAGGCUUAUCUUGACAAGAGAGCACCUCACAGACGUUGUGUUUUGGAUUGUAGAGAGUAAAAUCGGAUGAAUGUUAAACUAAAUGUAAAGCAAAGAAAGCAAAUAAAUCAUUCUGA